ACGCGUUGCUUGCGUGGUUUCCAUAGCAACAUGAUGGUCUCAAACACAGCAGUCUGAACCGCGGCUCGCUUUACAACUCCUUUUUUAUUUUAGAAAACUGACUCGCAUUUGAAACAUUUGCUGAAGGACGUCGAGAGCGGACAGAUCUAGUCACUGUGGGCUGAAUGCUUGGCUGAAGCUGAAAAGGAUCCUCUCUGAGCCACCAUGGUACGCCUGACCGUAGAUCUGAUUGCUAAAUCCAGAAACCACUUCAAAAAGAAAAGGGGCCUCGCCUUCCCAGAGUACCUGAAGACACUCACCCACCUCCACUUUUCCAGCAAGAAUAUCGAAGAUAUCGGUGAUCUCUCCAUGUGUAGAAACCUCACCGUCCUUUACCUGUACGAUAAUCAGAUCACGCACAUUUGCAACCUGGAUUUUGCCUUCAACCUCACCCAUCUGUACAUGCAGAACAACAACAUCAGUCAGAUAGAUAAUCUCUCCAAUCUGCAGAAGCUCUCCAAACUGUAUCUGGGUGGAAACAGGAUUGCAGUGGUGGAUGGCUUGGAGACCCUCUGUGAGCUCAAGGAGCUUCAUCUGGAGAAUCAGAGGCUGGCACCAGGGGAAAAGUUGCUCCUUGACCCCAAGACUCUCCUCUCACUCGCUGAAUCUCUUUCUGUCCUGAAUAUCAGUCACAACAACAUUGAUGACAUCAAGGGCCUGACGGUGCUGAUGGAGCUCCAGCAUUUUUCUGCUGCUGACAAUAAAUUGCACAAUAUGGAGGAGUUAGAGCAUGUGUUCAGCCACUGGCCUCAGCUGCUUCAAAUGGAUUUGAGUGGGAAUCCUGUGUGUAAAAAACCAAAGUACAGAGACCGCCUGAUAACUGUGUGCAAUAGCCUCGUGACUCUCGAUGGCAGGGAAAUUAAUGAGUUAACCAGACAGUUUCUUAUUAACUGGAAAGCAUCCAAAGACGCAAAGAAGAAAAAAAACAAGAAACAAAUAACGGCCGGACCGCCGGUCCUCUAUCCCAUAACAAACUACUUCAACAUGGGUCAGGAUCCACAUCUUGGUCACAUCCACGGCCACAGCCUGCAGAGGUGGAAUCCGCAGCAGCCUAUCAGGGCGCAAAAUGUAAAAAAAUGCAGACUUCUCAGCCAUGCGCCUGUCUCAUCGCCCAUCUGCAGUCACGCUGAUGCUUAAGACAAACCAGUCCACUGAAAUCUCCACCUCCUCCACACACACACACAUUAGCCAGAGCUCAGGACUAACCCUGCUACUGCUUUGUUUGAUCACCUUAGUCAUCACAGCUGCAGAUCUUUUAUCCUUGUAUAUUAAGCAGGACAGUGCUGUCACCCACAAGCUGUGAUAUCCAUAGCUGCAGGAGCUUCCUUGAACUCGGAUGAUAGUGGUUUAUAAAUGUGACUUUUUUUUCCCCCCACAACAUUUUUUUUUAAAUCUUUCUGUUAUAACUAAAUGUAAGUUUCUAUAAAUGAGUUAAUAGUCUGGAAAUGUUAACAAAAUAAAAG